CGCUGGCUGGAGGAGCCUGAGUGAAAUCAGCCCCGGCAGCAUCCCGUCCACAGUCACAGCCACUCAACGCUGCCAGGAAGCUGUUCAGAGGCGAGACUCAGACAGGAUCCCCAGCUUCCACUCCGCAGUCUACUUGUUGAUUCUCUCCAGAAGUGCGGCGGGAGGCAGACAGGACUUUAAGGCGCUGAUUUUUUUUAUUUUUAUUUUUUAUUUAUUUAUUUUUUGUUGUUAUUAUUUGUAUUGGCAGUAUGUUUUCCAUCAUGUCUGAGCGCGGCUGAUGAUGCAUCUCUCGGCUCCAGGCAGAGCGAAGGAGAGUGUGGCAGGCUUAACAAGUUGUAGCGCACUUACAAACGAAACGAUGCUGAUUUCGCUUCACGAGGUGAAUCGUCGCAUAAAGAAGACGCUACAAGAAACGAAGCGGGGUCCUGAUGCGGUCAUCUCCAGGAUCAUGUCUUCUUAAUCUUCCGGACUGCGUCUUCCAGGCUCUCCAAGUGUCCAACUGAGCUGAGCGAAGAUGAUCAAAACCGGCUCCCGGUUGACCACCACGCUGCCUCCGGACACCAUAGACAUCAUCCGGACCAAGACACACUCCCGCCGGGUGAGGCUCAACGUCGGGGGGCUUCUCCACGAAGUCCUCUGGAGGACCCUGGAUAGGCUGCCCCGCACACGGCUUGGCAAGCUGCGGGACUGCAACACGCACGAGUCCAUCAUGGAGAUAUGUGACGACUACAGCCUGGACAACAACGAGUAUUUUUUCGACCGGCACCCCGGCGCCUUCACCUCCAUCCUGAACUUCUACCGCACCGGGAAGCUGCACAUGAUGGAGGAGAUGUGCGCCCUCUCCUUCAGCCAGGAGCUGGACUUCUGGGGCAUCGACGAGAUCUACCUGGAGUCCUGCUGCCAGGCCCGGUAUCACCAGAAGAAGGAGCAGAUGAACGAGGAGCUGAAGAGGGAGGCCGAGAACAUGAGGGAGCGGGAGGGAGAGGAGUUCACCACCACAUGCUGCUCCGAGAAGAGGAAGAAGCUCUGGGACCUGUUGGAGAAGCCCAGCUCAUCGUUUGCUGCUAAGAUCCUUGCGAUCAUCUCCAUCCUCUUCAUUGUGCUGUCCACCAUUGCCUUGUCUCUGAACACCCUCCCAGAGCUGCAGGACACCGACGAGUUUGGCCAGCCCACGGACAACCCACAGUUGGCUCAUGUGGAAGCUGUUUGUAUUGCCUGGUUCACCAUGGAGUACCUGCUCCGCUUCCUCUCCUCUCCAAACAAAUGGAAGUUCUUCAAAGGUCCCCUCAACAUCAUCGACCUGCUGGCCAUCCUGCCCUACUACGUCACCAUCUUCCUGACAGAGUCCAACAAGAGUGUGCUGCAGUUUCAGAACGUCCGCCGUGUGGUUCAGAUAUUCCGGAUCAUGCGGAUCUUGCGAAUCCUGAAGCUGGCCCGUCACUCCACAGGUCUUCAGUCUUUGGGCUUCACUCUCAGGAGGAGCUACAAUGAGCUGGGCCUGCUUAUCCUCUUUCUUGCCAUGGGCAUCAUGAUCUUCUCAAGUCUGGUGUUCUUUGCUGAGAAGGAUGAAGAGGACACCAAGUUUAAAAGCAUCCCUGCCUCCUUCUGGUGGGCUACCAUUACUAUGACCACAGUAGGUUAUGGAGACAUUUACCCAAAAACCCUGCUGGGAAAGAUAGUCGGAGGUUUGUGCUGCAUUGCAGGGGUCUUGGUGAUCGCCUUACCUAUUCCUAUUAUUGUAAAUAACUUCUCAGAGUUUUACAAAGAACAGAAGAGGCAGGAGAAAGCCAUCAAAAGGAGAGAGGCUCUGGAGAGGGCGAAGAGAAAUGGUAGCAUUGUCUCAAUGAACAUUAAGGAUGCCUUUGGCCGUAGCGUGGAACUCAUGGACGUCAUGGUGGAAAAAACCGACGAGAGGAAGGAGAAGCUCCAUGACAAUCACGUGUCACCACACAGAGGAACACCCAGGAUCAAGUCACCGCUGAACCCCAGUAGUCCCAGUAAGACUGCUGAGUCCAGCUUCCAAGAAAAGGAAAAACCAGCCAGCAGUCCUCAGCAUCUCAGCGCACAGAAACUUGAGGAAAUAUACAACAACAUGACAAAAGCACAGUCACAAUCAAACUUCAACAGCAAGGAAAAAGCGUCACAUUCGAAGUCAGCCAGGCAGAAAGCUGAGUUUGAGAUGGGAAGCAUCCUCCCCGAGGCCGUGACUGGCACAGCGGAGGGAGUGACAGACAUGAAGAGCAUCUCCAGCAUCGACAGCUUCAUCAGCUGCGGACCUGACUUUCCUGAGAGCUCCAGAUUUUCACACAGCUCCGGGAGCAACAUGCCUGGAAGGGUCAGCACCAACCCCAGCCUGGAGCCCACCCUGGAGAAUGAGCAUGAGGGAUCGCAUGGUGCCACCAGCCCCCAGUCAGACAAAAGCACCAAGCUCAAAAACGACAGCCCAAGAGCUCCGUCACUAAACAACCCAAUGAAGGGGCGUUCACUUAAAGUUAGAGUCAGAGGCGGGGAGGACUCAGGGAAAGGAGGUCUCUCUGACAGCUCAUCGAUCCAAACCCCAGAGACAUCUGUCUACACCACUGCCAGCAGCAGGACGCCCAGCAAGAGCCCCGAGAACUUACGGCCAAGCAUCUUCACAUUCCACGACUCAUCUGUCAGCAAGUUCAUCGACGCCGACACGGACGAGGAGGAGCACCUGCACGACAGUUCGACGGCCAACGUGACCCAAAGACUUUUGGAGAGACCCAGCCCCAGGUUUGCUCAGCUCUCUGGCUUUCAACAGGGUCCCAACCACAUGGAGGGCCUCGCUAAGAAGCUGGGGAACAGCACCCUGCCGCUGGAAGGACAGGAAAACCACAUUUCGCCAGAGCUGCGGCCGCUUCAGGGGGAGAAGCGUCAGUAUAACUCUUAGAGUUGAUUAAAAGGAACGGCUUGCACAGAGGAUACAAAGAAGAGGAAGAUAUAAGGGAUCGCAGACGAAAAGCUCAGAGACUUGUCUGGGAACAAUUUGCAGGAAAACUGAAAGGACAAAAAGGCUUUUCCUACAAAAUUACAACACCUGUGGAUCACUGGAAAUAGUGUUGUUAUCUUCUCUAAAAUGUUCCUGAUGAUAACAAUCAGAAACGCCCUCAGAGUGGAAGAAUAGGAGUUGUUGUUUUUUUUUUUUUUGCUAUUUAUACGAGCCCAGGUUAUAAUGCCAUCAUUAGACUAGCCGCAGGAGUCUAGUCUAUAAUUUUUAUAACCUGUUUUCUGAGAACCCUGGAUAAAAUGUUAAAGCCACUGCAGCCAAAGCUGUCAAAUCUUAGUGAAACAUAAAGGGCAUCAAAACAAGGCACAAUAAGAGGAGAUAUUUUAAAAUCCUCAAUUGCAGUAUGAAAGGAAGACAUACAUCUUCUCUCCCUACAGUGUAUAUUUAUAUACAUUGUAUGUUUCAAAGGCGGAGGGUGGAGAACAUGUUCUUUCUUCCUACAACUUCCUUUAAAACUGGCCUUAGUUCAUGUUGUCCUGUGUUUUACGUUUUGAUGUUGAGGAGGAAAGCCUGAGGCAGGCUGAACGAUAGCACAUAAGUAUCUCUGUGUGAGUGUGUGUGUGUGCGUGUGUGUGUGUGCAAUAACUACCUUUCACUUAUAUUUAUUAUGUAGCAAUAGUCGUCUUUCAUCUUACGUCAGAUCUUCGGCAGAGUGAAGUGUUUCGGUCUGUUUCUUUCAAACAGCUCAGCGUUUCUCCUGGGUUGGCAUUUUUACUGCACAGAUUAAACUGUGAGGUCACGUCCAUCCUCGUCAUUCAUUGGUGGCGAGAGAGAAAACAUCGUUUUGGAAAUGUUGCACUCUUGUUUUUCUUGUUAUGAUCAGUGGCGGCUCUGGAUAUGGGAAAUACGGCUUUCUACCCAGAAUGAUGCCUCACCAGGGGGCGCAAUAGAGGAGCAAAAGCUGAAAAGUUACUUGUCUGUGGUGAAAACAGGUUUUAUUUGGGACCCAGUGGCUCCCUGCGGUGUGCAGAGUGCAGGCAUUGUAAUAAAAUAUUGUUGUACAUCAUUAUGAUGCUAAAGUUGGUGUCUGAGUCUUAGCUCAAAAUUCUGAACCGCCUUUUUACCCUUAUGUGGAUUAUUCUUCGCUCAACAAAUUUCUACACAUACAUUUUAAGAUUUAUGAUGCACUUAUAGCUACUUUUUUUUUUUUUGGUAAAAAAAAAAAAAAAAAAAAAAAAAAAUUUUUAUUGUUUUUUAAAAUUAGGAUCACAUUAAGCUAAAAUAAGCAUAAAACCUUGUCAAACAUGUAGUAGUUUAUGUUAAAUUGAUUCCAGAUGGUCUGUUUUUUUUUUUACUAAAUGAUGACCUUGGUGACCUGAUGCAUUUCUUCCACUCAGAGGAAUGGGAGUGUGAUUGGCUGUCAGCAGGGAGACAGAAGGAGCAGCUCCCCAGGAACCGCCACUGAUUAAAACCUUUAUUCUAAAUGUCUGAGUGUGUCCUCAAGUUUGGGUUACAUUUUUCCAUCAGUCGUUUUUUUGUUUUUUGUUGUUUUUUGUUUUUUGUUUUGUUUUUUAUUUAAGCUUCAAGCAGUUGUAGCGGAUGAGGUGAACUUUGCAUUAAGCGACAGGAGACAGCAGAGAAAAAAAAAAAUCUGUUUUGUAUGAGUGUAAAUAUUGUACAUGCAUCCGUGCGAAGCCAGACUCUACAACGACAUUACGCAUCACCUGUACAAAAUUUUAAAAAGUAAUUUAUAUUUUUAAGAUAUUUUCUAAAACAACUGACAUGUUGUGGUAACCUCAUAGUUAUGCAUCUGAAAGCACCGUAUGUGCUGUAUCUCGUCGAGGGAGUUGCUACUGUUAGACAACAUUCUGCAGCACAUAGAUUUAUAUUUGCUACAGUCUCUCUGUACGCGCUUGUUGCAGUCUUUUUGUGCAAUGUAAAGAACCAAAGAAUUGUUCUUUCUGAUGACAUGUACAGACGGCUGUACAUCCUGAUGUUUUAUCUCAAAAUGUUGGAGCAUUCCUUUAAAAAAGAAAAAAAAAACGUAAUCAGAGUUAUUUCAGGGAGCCGUAUUUGCUCAUGCGGGGCAAACAUAUAAGCAGGAGGAGGAUAUUCUGGGGUUCUAACAAAACAGCUUUGAAAAAUAAGUUUCAUUUUAUGUUUCUUGGCAGGUUAAUCGCUUUCAAAAGAUAAAAGGGUGUGUAUUGCCUGCACUUAGACACCAAAUGUUCUGCAUUUUGCUCUUUUCUUAAAUGCACCUGAUGACACCAAACCUGGUGCUCUCACACUAACUUAAUUUAAAACAUACAAACCUUAUGAUAUAUGUCUUGCAAGCAUGAAUCAAAGCAACUUUUUGCAGGAAACAUACAUUAUAGUGGACCUAUUUAAUGUAGAUGGUUUUCAUUAGAGAUACAAGUGCCAGCCGUGUUCAUUGGAAAACCUGGUAAAGAUGUGUAAAAGCCACUAAUGGUCAGUUACAAUUGCAGUAACAUAUUAUCGCGCAAAUGAAAACAGCUUUAAUUUGAGGGCAUUUAUCCAGUACAGAAAAACAUCACAUACUGUAAAACCCUCUUUUUCACUUUUUCUUUUUCUGUAAUAUUUUAAAAUCUGGGAGAAUUUGCAGAGUAUUUUGUUUAAAACAUCCAUCUAGCCUCUCUUAUGCUCUCUGGAAUGUUUUUUUUUUCUAUUUCUUUAACAAUUUUGUGUUAAUCUAAUCACAUGUUUUGACUCACUAUCACACUGAAGGAGCCAGUUGCAACCUAUUUUCAGUUUUUCUGGCAGAGAAAAUCUCCCUGGUGAGACAGAACCACUGAAAACAGCGGAUCUGAAGUGAUUCUGAUUCAGUUUUUGCAGUGGUGAAAGGUUUUAAUGUGUGUGCAGGACAACAGCAGCUGCAGAAAAGAGGAAGUGAACCUGCCGCCGAGGCCAUGUGGGGGACGGCUUCCGUAAAUGCUCUAACUUUAACACUGAUCUAAAAUUCCUACACUUAAGGAUGACAAUACUUUUACAUUUUAAGCAAAGAAAAACUAUAUCUAAUUGUGAUCUGAUACGAGAGGUUUGUUCUUUUCCUUGUGUUUGAGCUUGGUUUCUUCAUAAAUACAUCUCUGGAAAUAACAACCAAUUUGUCCUGUUGCUUCAAAGUUCAGCAAAUGAAACUUGACCUCCUCUCCCAGAUUCUUCCACACUUUUAUUGCAACGCUGGCAGCGGCGGUAAUGUUCUUAACUCGAAGAGGGCCGCCAAAUCAAAUUCUGCUUUAUGACCUGUACAACCAGCCACGGUUCAAUUCUUCCAAAAUUGUCAGUGUGAGAUUUUGCUGCAGGGAUAAAAUAUGAAUUUAUUCUCAGGCUUUUUUUAACAUCUUCACCAGGAGUCCCAACAAAUAUGUCUGGCACUGUGGUAUGAGUUAGAUAUUUCUGUGCCUUUGCUUUUAAUAUCACCCUGCAUUCUGAAUAUGCCCUAAUGGAGUCUGAAUAACGAGCAAAUAAACACAAAAAGGACAGAGUACUCAUCCUGUGGAGCUUUUAUGUUUGUUUCUUUUUUUAAACUCUAAUGUCUCUCUCUCUCAUGCACCAAACAUUUGGAUGGAAAAAGUCCAGAAACACGAGCAGGUGCCGGCUCACUCUCGGCAGACUGAACGGUUUCCAUGGUGAGGGGCUGAGAUGACUGGAUGGCUCACAUUUGAUGCACGCAUGUAGCCUAAUUUACUCGAGGACGGUUACAGACUUGAUCUUAAUCAGUUCCUUUAUUCAUCUCAGUUGUGUCUUCAGUUCAGGGGAAGAAGCAGAAAACUGGAUUGUGGGUCUUUCAGUCAGACUGUCCACAUCGUCACUUUUAUGUCACUCGGUUGCUUUCGCGGAAACAUGCACCCGUCUCCGCAAAUCACAAAAGAGCAGACGGAGCGUGGCCACACGGACCUGGGUGUGACCCGCUGCUUCAGGGAUGGAUGUUGAUGAAGAAGACUUCAGCCACCUUGUUCCUGAAGGGAGGGAGGGAGUGUGAAAUGUGAACAGAGCGGGAACAAGGAGUGUGCGACAGACGGACCGAGCUCCAGAGUUAUCAGCUUGAUUUAAACUGACAUCCUGAAUGACGGCUGGAGCGCUCUGCUUCCCAAAGUCAUGGCUAACUUCUGCUUUGAAAAGGACUCACCAUAGCUUCAACUUUUCACCUUUUGUCUCAUGACAAACACAAACGUACUGGGAUUCUAUGUGAAUCUUAAAGCGCAUAAGUGUGAAGUCGACAGCAAGAUGUGCAUUUUUAAAGCUUUUGCCCGUGUUUAGCUUUCAUCAUUACUCCCUAAAUAAAAUACAGUGCAACAACUAACCUACAAAUUCACCUAAUCAGUAAAUUAAGUCCACCUGUGUGUAAUGUAAUCCUAGUAUAAACUGCACAUAUUAUGUGAAGGCCUCAGAGGUUUGUUAAAGAAAAAAAAAAAAGGUGAACAAACAGCAUAAUGAUGACCAAAACAAAAUUGAUGGUGAAAUGGUUCAAACCAUAGUUAGGUUAAAGCAAUAUCCUGAGCUUUGAGCUUUAAACAUCACACAGACCUCUGUUCAAUCCAGAUGUAUGGAGAUAUGUCCUUCCACCUGACCGAAUGACGUAAAGAGACAAGAAGCCAAGCGGACCGUGGGAACUCGGAUCAAAGUCUUGCUGGAAUAAAACUAUAAGAAGUUCCAUUUAAAAUCUCACCCAUGUUGAGGCCACAUCAAACAUCUGGAAGACGUUUCUCUAAUAAUCCAAAACUCAAACAGAGCAGUAUUUGUUUCAGAGGACUGACGUUGCACAUCGACAGAAAAACCUGCUUGAAGGAAGCAAAAGAUUUUGACAAUGAGAUGGAGGUUCACCUUCUAGCACGAAAAAGUCCAGCCAGAGAUAAAGUAUGAUUGUUUAUAUCAAACUAUAUUCAUGUGUUAGAAUAGCCCAGUUCUGUCAAAUUCAAAUGAGAAUCUGAAAACGGAUCUUCACAGAUGUUCUCCACCCAGUGUCAUCAGGCUUCAGCUUGCAACUUUAACUGCAGUGAAAUGGCUCUUCUAAAAGCAUCUAAAGCAUUUUUUUAAUCCAUAUGUCAUUUUCCCUCCACUUCACAUUUAUGCACCGUUUUCUGUGGGGAAUACAUUUAGGAUUGUGGCUGUAAUAUGACAAAUUGUGUAAAAGUUUUAAGGGUUGUGACUUCUUUCAAAUUGCAAGGUGCACUAACUUCUACUGAGCUCUGCUCGUGCUUGACAACGAUGCAAUCUUAAAAACAAAAAACUGAGCUCCGUCAGAGCCAGGACACGAGCAAGGCUCUCGUGGGUCUGUGUGUGCGAGUCCUAGUUCUGUUUUGUUUUGUUUUCCCCUCAUGACGGCGCAAAGGCAGGCUGCAGCAUCCUUUUGAGGAUGAGUUCGCAUCUCUAAUUCUAUAAAUAUCCCCUUGGCUACGCACAGGGUUUGGUCCUACAGGAAGGGCUUGGUUACAGCAGCGUUGUCAUGCAUUUCAGAAGAACACAUUUUGUAACAAAAUACUCCAGAAACGGAUGGAGAAAAAAAAAAAACAGUGGAGCUUAUUGGGAACUGCGGAGUCACUGGUGUGUGGGCUUUUUUUUUUUUUUUCUUCCUUUGUCAGUCCAGUCUUUAGCAAUGCAUGGUAAUGGAAUAAAAAUGUCAAACUGACAAAUGGUUGUAUGACCUUCUCUACAAGAGAGGUGUUGGAGACAGAAGAGAGGAGCAGAUAGAAAACGGGGAGGUGUGCAACACGCUGAAGGAUCAGGGUUCAUUAGCAUUCAUCACAGUCAGACAUGCAGUAAAUCCCUAAAAACGAGCCUCUAAUUGUCGCCGAAUCUCUUGCAAAAUAAGCCAUAGCAAAUUUAGCAGAUGCGGCUCCUUUCUGUGUUGGAUGAAUGGUAAAUAUUUUCCUCAUAGCUUUUUGUAUUUUCUGAAUUGCACUUUGUUGGAUUGUCUGAAGGAAGUCCUCUGUUGUCUUGUAUUAAUUGAAAUAUUGAUAUAGAACACAUUUUGGGUUCAACUACUGUCUAACAACACACACACACACACACACACACACACACACACACACACACACACACACACACAAAAGACUUCAAAGAACGAGGUUGUCACAUUCAAAAACAGACAAAUUAUUCUUGAAUCAUCCCGCUCCUUCAGGGAAACAAUCAGUCUUCUUGAAGGUACGUGGUUCUCUGUGUGCUGCCCUCAUGAUGUGGUUGAGAGAAAAUGUUUUGUAAAAGUUUCAGACUUUGUACUUGUUGAGUUUGUAGAAGAAUAUGUUUUUUUGUUUUUGUUCUUUUGCUUUCCCUGUUUUCCUCAACACAUGUAGCGCUAUAUGACACAAAGUACAUGUAAAUAUAAUCAGAAAAGCUGUAGGAAAACGAUUUUCAAGCCUAUUUCUUCUUUUACCGACUGAUGCUUAAUAAAAGACGAUAAACUAGC